AUGAUACGUCACUUUCAUUCGGCCGCCCGCUUAGCCAAUUGCUCGAGCAUACGUCUGACGCUGUUUUCGAAGAACAACUGCGGUCUCUGUGACAAAGCUAAAGAAGUCGCUAUUCUGGUCGUUAAUAAUAAACAGCGAUUUAAUGGUUUACAGCUCGCUCUAGUCGACAUAGACGAGCCUCAAAACAAAGAGUGGUGGAACAAAUACUGCAUGGACGUCCCAGUGCUGCAUGUUGAAAACACACAGAAACCGGACACAGUUUCAAAAGUGUUCCAUCGACUAGAUCUUAAGCAACUUGAGCAAAAGAUUGAGGAGUUGAAGUGA